AUGCCAUCUAGCCCGAAAGUCUACGCAACAUUCACCGUGACUUCUGGUUGCGUGUGCUUUGGGGGGCUGCAUAAUAUCUGGUCGGGAAGCACGGUACCAACCCAAAGCUUUCCAACAGUCCGACCCCAAACUAGAGGUACCAUCAGAACCCACGAACUUCAGUAUAACAUCAGAGCUAAGAACGGUACCUGGAAUGUUUAUCGCCUUAUUGACAAAAGAAAUAAUGAAGUUUCCGCAUGGUAUGUUUCACAUUCAUGCGUGGAACCAGUGCAAGAUAUUCGCAAAAUCCUGCGCAUCGCUGGUUCCCCGUAUGAACAGGAUGGCGGCAGUACUAUGAAUACCGACGACACUCAGCGAGAAGGUAUUUUUGUUAUCAAUCGGUACGACUGGGGCUGUUAUGAUCGUCGAUACCUCGACGAAAUUGGUGAAGGAGCGGAAGAAGGUGCAAACGAUGUUCUAGCUAAUUCUAACUCUGCUGGCCUUGUUGAUUAUUCAGGGGCACAACUUCAAGUUCAGCAAUGGAAAAGGAUGCGGCCCAGCGAACGACCCGGCUCCCGGAUUGGGAUAUGGAUGUACAGUCCACAUGCGGAGUACAUGUUUUGUCGAUUUAGUUUCGACGAAGCUCGCGAUGCUAUGCAGUCACUUGUAUUCUUCUCUUCAAACACUGAGUUCGCGCGAGUCACUUUCGAGGAACUCGAAGAAACUGUCAAAAGGUUUGAGACAUCACAAAAGAGGUUCGAGCGACAGCUCAAGGAAGAGUACGAUUUCUCCGGUCUUGAAGAACUUCGCAGGAUGUCGACACCAUUAGUGGUCGGGCUCUCCCCACUUGGGCCAUCGCGGCCCGCCUCUGAGUUACAGGGACCUUACAAGGAUAUCAAGGCGGUUUUCGAGGCUAGGGAUAUAGAGCGCCUCCGAAUUGUGAGCCAGAAAUAUCCCAAGAGCUUCGCAGAACAAUGGAAGCACCAUAUCCAUAACUUGCUCAACGAAUUGGCCUGGUAUUAUUUGGAUUGGUUUAUCCGCCCUCACAUAGGUUUAUAUGGUGGGGUUGAAGCAAUGGCAAAUGCCAUUUUCCCCUGCCACUUAGAAUCCGGGGUGAACGGAUUACACAAUCACCUCUAUCGCCACUUUACACAGCCAGAUGCAGACCCAGUGUCUGGUCUCAAUGCAGAUGGGGUAUCGGAUCGUAUCAAGGAUUUAUUAGCGCCCGAAUCACUUUCACUUCCAUCUUCUAACUACUCAAAAAGCGUGUGUCGCGUGCUGGCAUAUCUUAUCAUGGAAAUUUUUGAGUUAGCUAGCUAUCGUGCCUCUGAAUCUUCACAUGCGCAGAUCGUGCCAUCGGACAUCCGACUUUCAAUUUAUACAGAUAGAGACUUGUUUCAGAUUUUUCAGUACUCAAGGGCAUUCUGGCAGGGCGUUGAAUGA